UUAAUUGGGGACAUAGCAUAAUGCAAUUGAUUCCUCGAACAGCUCAACAAUUCAAAAUGUCGAAUCAUCCGCUCCUCCCCUUCCUUCUCCAGUAGAGCGGAGCUAGCUCCUUCCUCUCUCAAUGGCGACUUCAGCUUUCAAUUCCACGAUGAAGCGCACGACGACGUCACUAGCCAAAUCAUCCGAGAGCGGCGACGACUCUUCUCACUCCACACGGAGGUCUGCUCCUUCCAGAAGACACCGGAGCUUGAGCCGUUUCUCUCACCGCAUGCCGGAUCCGGAAAUCGAAGUGACUCCAAUGAGAAAAGGGAAGUUCGUGAACACAGUGAGAGGUUCUGGAUUCGGUGAAAUUAGCCUCGAUGAUUUAGCUGUCGAGUUUUUCGAAUCGUUUUCCGGUGAGAGCGAGAUUAGCAGCGGAGAAAGAGGACGAUCUGGUUUUAGAAAGUCCGGUAGCGGAAGCGGAGGCGGAGGAGAGGGGACGAAUUCGCAAAGGAGGGGACGGUCUGUAUCUAGGGUUGUUGGUUCUGGUGGUAACGCUGCUGGUUUACGGAGGUUGGAUGCGGACACUGAAAGCUCCAGACGGCGGAGGUCGUUGUCUAGACAGCCGCCAAGUAAUCGUGGUGGUUCAGUUAGGGUAGAUCCGGUGAGUAACAAUUCGACCCGGCGGAGGUCGGUUUCUAGACAACCGCGGGAGAGGAAGGUUAACGGCGACAACGGUGGUAGUGCAAUUGGAGGAGAUCGGGAAAACGCGAAUUCGCGCCGGCGAAGGUCGGUUUCUAGACAACCGAAGGAGAGGAAGGUUAACGGCGACAACGGUGGUAAUGCACUUGGGGAGGAUCGUGAUAGCGCGAAUUCGCGGCGGCGACGGUCGCUUUCUGUUGUCCGUCGUCGGAUUGAGAAUUCUGAGAGUGAUGUAGAUCAAGCUCAAUAUUCAAGCAGUUCAAGGGAUGUGAAGAGCUACAUGAGUGGAAAGAGUCAAAAUAGUGGGUCUAAAUCUGCUUCUUCAGAUAAUAGACAAAGUCUUAGGAGGUCUUCUAGCCAAAAUCCAGUCAAAUACCACGAUGGCUACUCUAGCCAUUCUUCUGCAGUCACAGAUGAUGAAGGAAAGGACUCCAGGUCAAGCAAGCAUGGAACUGAGAGGAUAAUUCGAACAGUAUAUGCCCAAAAUAAGGCAACACCUAAGAAAAGAGAAUCUUUGGGGAACUCUGACUAUGGUUCUCAGCAGAAAUCCCAUGAUGAUCACCGUACUAUUUCCACAUUUAAGAAAGGUUAUGCCACAAAAUUGCAAGAGUCUGAGGAUCGGAAACGGGAUUUACUGGCUGAGAUUAUGCUGGAGGAGCAGCGUGGUAGAGAGCUCUCUAUGAACUUGAAAGAAUUACUCACAGAAAAUAGUUCUGAAGCUGAGGAAAAGCCGUUGCGGACGCGAAAAAGGAGCAAGGACCGGAGCAGGAGGACGUCCAUGUGUUUGACAGAUGAAGCAGAGCAAUUCAUCGACGAAUUCAUUUCAAACAUAGAAGACACAGAUUUUUCAUCACUGGAGGAUGAGAGAAGCGAAAGUAGUUCAAGUUUUGGGAUGGUAAAAUCACAAAGCUCUCAAAGUGCCACUGUUCUGAAGAGUGUCCCUGUUGAAAUGGACGGUGUUAUGCUUCCUUGGUUGCAAUGGGAAACUCCAGACGACACUUCUGCAGCAUUGGCAUGCCUUAAUAAGUUGCCACACACACCAAACACAAAAAAUCUCGUCUGGGAGUCGGAUGCAGCUCAGGAUGCAUCGAGUGGGCAAGGGAGGAGCAUUGGUACCAUAAGUAGCAGAGGAAGCUGGAGCCCAUGUUACUCAUCCACAAAGCCUGUGUAUCCCAUAAGGAGACUAAAGAUGGAUGUAACAGAGUAUCUUACACGACCUAACGUCUCCGAUAUUCUAAAUGAAACGUGGAAGCUAAGGCACAGAAUCAGUUCGGGAAGCCUUGUGCUAUGUAGCCGCUCAUUGACCUAAGUCUCCGUGACCACAAGCAGCUGUAGGCUUUUGUUUUCUUAAACGCCCUUUGACCAAAAAGAGUCAAAGACAAUGUCUCUCUGUACAGUUUCUUUAAGACGUUAUGGUCUUUCUAUGUUCUGGUCUGAGUCGUCCGACUACUUAAGCGUCUUAACGGCAAUAUAUGCAUAGAUUUUUAUUAAAAUGCUGAAUUGUUUUUUACAAUAAACAUUUUUUUAUUUGAAUACGAUUUGUCAUAUAAAGUACA